AUGAGCGGCGUCAAAGACAUCACGCCCGACCUCGACAGACUGGACUCGCAGCUGGACAGGCUCGAAGACGCGCUGGCGCCGCUGCUCAGAAACCUCGGCGACAAGGCCUCUCAGCUGCCGCUCCUCGACAGGGCCAAGCUCUUCUCCCUGACGGCCUACUCGAUCGAGUCCCUCCUCUUCUCCUACCUGCGACUCCAGGGCGCGGAUGCCCAGGGCCACGCCGUGUACGCCGAACUGAAGCGAGUGCAGCAGUACUUUGGCAAGAUCCAGGCCGCCGAGGAGCCGGAGGCGCAGAGGACCCUGGUCGUGAACCAGGAGGCCGCGGCUCGGGUCCUGAAGGCUGACUUGGCCGACAACAAGUCCAUCAGCAGCAGGUUGGCGGAGAAGAUUGCCGAGGAGCGCGCCAGGGCGCUGCUUAAGUCGGUGGAGGGCAGGAAGCGGCCUGGCGGUGCUGAUGAUGCCGCUGCGUCGGGGGGAUCAGGCAGCGACGCGCAGGGGAACAGGAAGAGGAGGCAGAAGGGCAAGGCGAGGGCGAAGCAAAAGUGA